AUGGCGAAUGGAAUUGUAUCUAUGAGGCCGGAGGAAUUGAAAAUCGACACUCGACACUCGGCGAAGUGGAGAAGGAGACAACGGAGAGCAGAGGUUAACGCCGAGAUUCGAUUGCUCUCCGGCUCUAGCUCCGGCUCUUCCUCUGGCACCUCUGCCACUGGCUCCGGCUCCGACUCUGGUUCUUCCUCUGGCUCCAGCUCCGGCUCUGCCUCUGGCUCUUCCUCUGGCUCCAGCUCCGGCUCUGACUCUUCCUCUGGCUCCAGCUCUGGCGUCUCUGCCACUGGCUUCGGCUCCGGCUCUGGCUCUUCCGGCGCCUCCGCGGGCAGCUGGGGUGGCCGCAACGGCACCUACCCCGGCUUCCGCCCCUCCGCCAGCUCCGGUCUGAUCCCCUCCGCCAGCGCCGGUCUGAUCCCCUCCGCCAGCGCUGUCGCUGGUAGCUCCAGCUCCAGCUCCAGCUCUUCGGGCAGUGGCAGCAACACUGGCUCCUCGGCUGCUGCCGCUUCCUCCUCCGCUCUGUUCACCGGUGGCUCCGGCCGGGUCCUGCCUGGCUCCCUGCUCGGCGCUGUUGUCGGCAUCCUCGGUCUGGCUGUGUUACGUUCGUUUACAUCAAUUGAUGAUUGGGUUUGA